AUGCCUACCCAAGUUGAAGGAAUUCAUCAGGUUGGCAAUGUUUCCCUCUAUACCAAGACUUGGAAGCCAGAUGGAGCUCCAAAAGCCAAGCUUGUCUUCAUCCAUGGGUUCAAUGACCAUUGUGAUCGGUACUAUGAGCUUUUCCCUACCCUCGCAAGCAAAGGAAUCGAAACAGCUGCAUUCGAUCAACGUGGCUGGGGCCGGUCUGUAAAGAAGCCAGCUGAGCAAGGUCUGACCGGGCCUACACCUCAAGUCAUUUCUGACAUUGUGUCCUUCAUCAAAUCGCAAAUGCCUUGCUCUGUUCCCUUGUUCGUUAUGGGUCACUCCAUGGGUGGUGGCGAGGCCUUAAUCUUGGCUUCUGAUCCCCAGUAUUCAGAAAUUACGAAGGAGAUCAGGGGAUGGCUGUUGGAGAGCCCGUUCAUUGGCUUUCCCAAAGGUUUCGAACCGAUGUGGAUUACAGUCGCCGCUGGAAAACUGGCUGGCAGGCUGCUCCCCCACAAACAACGAUACUCCGCCCUUCCUCCGGUGAACUUGACUCGGGACCCAGAUGUGGUCAAGUCUCUCUCUGAGGACAAGCUCCUGUACGGAAAUGGCACGUUGGAGGGAUUGGCCGGCAUGCUGGACAGAACCACAUCACUAAACCAGGCCAAAGUCAAAUUGAACCCAAAUGUGAAGAGCGUCUGGCUUGCACAUGGUACUGAAGAUAAAGGCACUAGCUAUGAGGAGAGUAAGAAGUGGUUUGAGAGACAGACUGGAUUAGAAGACAAGGAAUUCAAGACAUACGAGGGCUGGUCCCAUCAGUUACAUGCAGACUUGCCAGACAACAGGAAGGUCUUCGCAAAUGAUGUUGCAGACUGGAUUCUUGCUAGGCUUGGAGGCGAAGGAAGGGACUCAAAACUGUGA